CUUUGACGCCACCAAAAUCGAAAAAUUCGUGUUAAAUAUACAGGAAUUUCUCACCUCUGCACGGUUCAAAACAGCACAAUAUGCGGUUUUAUACGUUUUCUCUUCUUUUCCUGGCCUUCGGGAGGGGGCAGAGCGAAAUUCACUACCUCGAGUACAUCUAUACCGCGUUGUCCAAGCCAGUUGGUCUCCCUGGUAUCUACGAGUUCACGGCCAUGGGAAUCCUGGAUGACAAAGAGAUUGACUAUUACAACAGCCAGGAGAAGCUUAAGAUUCCAAGACAGGACUGGAUGAAAGAGCGCCUGGAUAGGAAUUACUGGGAUAAAGGAACACAGUCCCGCAAGAGCAAAGAGCAGUGGUUCAAAGUCAACGUCAAUAUUCUGAUGGAUCGCAUGAAACACAACAGCUCUGACCUCCAUGUGCUCCAGUGGAGACAUGGUUGUAAGGGUGUCCUUCAGCCUGAUGGCUCUCUGAAAUUUCUGAUGGGCUUUGACCUGUACAGCUAUGAUGGUGAGGACUUUCUGUCCUUUAAUGAACCCGAGUCUCAAUGGAUUGCCCCAGUUCAAGCAGCUGUGCAAACGAAGAAAAAAUGGGACGAAUCUCAGACCCUGAACCAGUACACUAAAGGCUAUCUGCAGAAGGAGUGUAUGGACUGGUUAUCAAAGUUCAUGAACUAUGGAGAAGCAGAGCUGAGAAAGCACUCUCCUCCCGAGGUUUUUGCCUUUGCAAAGAAGGGUAAAAACCCUGAAAAUGUUGUCCUUCACUGCCUGGCCACUGGAUUCUACCCUAAGGAUGUUGAGCUAGUUAUCUACAGGAAAGGAGUCCCCCUGAGUGAGACAGAUGGGGUGGUAUCUACAGGCGUCAGACCCAAUGGAGUCAGACCUGAGCGAGUGAAUCCCGAUGAGAGACCGGGGGAAACGUUCCAGCUCAGGAAGUUCAUAGAAGUUUCCAAGUCUGACAACAGUGAAUACAGCUGUGAAGUGAAACACAGAACCCUAGAAGCACCUAUUAUCAUCAAAUGGGAUGGCUCAUGUUUUAACUGCCCUGAGGGUGGCAGCCUUGGGAUCAUUAUUGGUGCUGUCUGUGUCAUCCUCCUCAUUAUCGCUGUCGUUUGUGCUGUGCUCUUUCUCCACAUGUGUGGGGCAAUAGUGAUUCCUUUUCUGCCUUCUCAGCAGGGUCGCAAUCAAACUCCUGCACCCCAGGGAGGGGCUCAGCCUCUGCUCAGUGGAAAUGGGACUGUUCCCAUUCCAGUUCAAAAUAUGACUAAUCAACCAAACGGAAAUGGGGCUCUUACCAGCCCAGCUCAAAAGAUGACUGACCAACCAACUGUUACAAAUGAAACCCAGAGCUCCAGAGAAAGUGACUCUGGACACGGCUCAUCAAACAGCAGCAGCAGUGAGAACCUGAAUGGAGGGAAACAAUCUCCGAAUGGCAGUGACAACUCCAGAAACAACCCUGAGGAGGAAAACCCGCUGAUGGUCUAAAGUGGCACAUCUUAAUUCUCCAAAUUUCAAGCCUUCCGCUUUCAUCUGUGUCUCAAACGUAACAGUAUAAGACAGUUACCAAUGUGAUGCUAUCUUCUUCAGGCUGAGUGCAGUGAUUUCAUGAUAACAAGAAACCAUUCAAGAAAGGAUUUUAAUAAUCCAGGCAUCUGUAUCUAGUACACUGGGCAAUAAGCAGAUUCCUUCAUCCUCACGGUUUUUAACUGUGAGGUAAGUCAGGAACAGUUAGAUCAAUGAUAACAUUUGACAGUUCUUUACAUUAAUUGCUGCGUUACAUUUAUAUUUUAAUGUCAUUUUUAGACAGUUCCUUUUCAUUUCAGUGCUAGGAGUUAAGAUUAUUAAGAUUUCAUUGAUCUGUUCUACAGUCAUACCAUAUAAGGGUUCUAGACAACAAUAUAACUCUGGAAAAUUUAUUUUCCGCCAAGUAAAGUUACAUUUCUUGUAUUUUUGCUCAGCAUUUUUGUAAAAUUGUUCAGAUGCGCUGUGCUCAGGGAGUGCUAAAUCAACUGUUAGAAAUAUCACCUCCAGCCUUACGCCCUGUGUUGCCGGGUAGGCUCCAGCUCCCCGCGACCCCGUUUGGGACAAGCGGUUCAGAAAGUGUGUGUGUGUGUGUGUGUGUGUGUGUGUGUGUGCGUGCGCCGCGACAAGGGUUGAGGUAAUGCAAAAUUACCAUGUUCACACUGAAUGUUACCAAACUAACAAGGUCAUUUUUUCAUCGUAAAAUUUCACUUGUCUACAUUUCAGCUUAACAUAUUUUUGAUGUAGCUAUUGCUGUUACUUAUAUUACUAGUUACUGCCAUUUUUGUUCGGCUGGGAUUUAAAAUGUAGAAUUUGUGAUAUCGGAAUAUUUGCUUUUAUAAUACUUUGCUUGUAUUUACAAUGCAUUUCAAAUGUUUAUUUCAUCCAGAACUGUAGAGGUUAUAUUACGAAGUAGCAAAGCUUUUGUAAUCUUCAUUUCUCCAUGGAAGCAGGUCUUGAGUGUUAAGAUAAAAAAAUGUGUGGACCUAUAAAGCCUGUUCUAGUGUCUUGUUCCGUUUCAAAGAAGACCAGCUGUGGAUAUUUAACCCCUAGUCCUGGAGGACCUCUGCUGGGUGCUUUUCACUGUUGAGAACUGUUGAUCGGGAUGAGUGGGGAAAAUCACAAAGCCGUAAGUGGUAAUAUGCGGAAUAAACAUUUUUAAAUGUG